AUGAACCAUUAUCCAGGUGAGAAAACAAUUAAAUCAGGUAAUUUAUAUAAAAAAGGUAAAAUUAAUAAAAGUUGGCAAAAAAGAUGGUGUAUGUUAUCAAAAGAUAGUAAAUUAUUUUAUCAUAAACAAGCCAAUGAAAAACAUAGUGGAUUCGUUGAUCUAAGACAAUGUAUAAUAAAACAAAGUGAUUGUACAGAAAAAGAGAAUAUAUUUGAAAUUAAUACAAGUAAUAGAAUAUAUUUAUUCUCUGCCGAUUCAAAAUCAGAGAUGGAAGAUUGGAUGAGAAGUAUUUACACUCAUUCAAAAGUUCAACAAGAGAAUGACCUAAUUGAACGUGCAGAAUACAUCAUAAGGGAUCAAUCAUUAUUUAAAUCAAAUUACGUUGAUGAUGAAUUUUUAAAAUUUAAAAAUACUUUUAAUCCAUAUAUAUUUCAAUCAUUAUCAUUAUCAACUUUAUCACCUGAUGAUUUAAAUAAUCAACACCAACAUCAACAUCAACACCAACAUCAACACCAACACCAACAUCAACAUCAUCAAAAUGAUUUUAAUAUAAAUUCAAAUUUACCAAGUUCAUUAUUGUCAUUUAGUUAUCAUCAUAAUAAUGAUAAUGAUGAUAAUGAUGAUAUUGAAAUUCAUCCACCAACAUUAUCAUCAUAUAUACCAAUUAGUACAAGAAAUUUAUAUAAUCAUUUUCACUCGAUUGGUAAUCAUGAAUAUAAUCAUCCAAUGGAUUUAAUAAUACAUUCAUCUUCACCAACUCCACAAAUUCCUCCAAGUAAUACUAAUAAUAAUAAUAAUAAUAACAAUAUAGUACCAUCACCACCCACACCCUCAUCACCACCGAUUGGUUCUUUAACAACAACAACAACAACAACAACAGCUACAACAACGACAACUACCACUACCACUACCACUACAACAACGGCAAACAAUAGUAAUAUUAAAGAGACUGAUAAAGCAACACCAAGUAGAAGAUUCAGUUUACUAUUUAAAUAA